GAGAACUGUUAAAGGUUAGACUGGUGAGUCUGCGAAAAGGCUGAUUGUUUGGCAGACGCUUCAACUUAACUGGUACGGCGGCGGGUAGUAUUUCAGUAUAUAGUUGGAUCAACUGUGUGAAAUAUCAUUAUAGACUGUACUCUAACCCGGAGUGCGACAUAAUUAGUGGAGUGACAUAAUCGACGAGGGACUUUUGAGUGGAUGGUGAUACUUAGUCACUAGGACCCUCGCAAUCCUCCCAGAAUGAAGUGAGUGGUACCGGUCAGGAGAGGACUUGACUCUCCAAACUUAAGUUUCGUCUUUACGGGACAGAUUUUGGAAAGUGAGAAAACCAUUGUGUUGUUUAUAAUGUCACCGCUGGACGUUUUUCUUCUUGUGUGGGUCACCGCGGUGUUACGUACCCAAGCAGUUGUGGCUGGUGGCAGUACGGAGUGCUCGUGUGGACGGAACCAUUUUACAUGUGCCGUAAGUGCAUUUGGCGAAUGUACGUGUAUUCCUGCUCAGUGGCAGUGUGAUGGGGAUAAUGACUGUGGAGACCACAGUGACGAAGGAGGUUGCAUGUUACCGACUUGUUCUCCGUUGGAUUUCCACUGUGACAAUGGGAAAUGCAUCCGACGCUCCUGGGUGUGUGAUGGUGAUAAUGACUGUGAAGAUGAUUCUGAUGAACAGGAUUGCCCUCCCCGAGAAUGUGAAGAAGAUGAGUUUCAUUGCCAAAACGGAUACUGCAUACGUAGUCUGUGGCACUGUGAUGGAGACAAUGACUGUGGAGACAACAGUGAUGAGCAGUGUGACCUGCGCAGGUGCUCUGAUAAGGAAUUCCGUUGCCAUGAUGGGAGCUGCAUAGCUGAGCACUGGUAUUGUGAUGGGGACAUGGACUGCAAAGAUGGUUCUGAUGAGGAUAACUGCCCAUCGAAUGUUCCUGUAACAACGUGUAGUGUGGAAGAAUUCCAGUGUGCGUAUGGACGCUGCAUUCUCGAUAUCUAUCACUGUGAUGGAGAUGAUGAUUGUGGAGAUUGGUCUGAUGAGUCUGACUGCUCCUCACACCAACCUUGCCGUGCUGGAGAGUUCAUGUGUAGUAGUGGACUGUGUAUAAACGCUGGCUGGCGAUGUGAUGGCGACUUUGAUUGCGAUGAUCAGUCUGAUGAAAAAAACUGCACUGCAUCAAUGUGUACAGCAGACCAAUUCCGCUGUGAAUCUGGACGAUGUGUUCGGCUGUCAUGGCGAUGUGAUGGUGAAGAUGACUGCUUGGACAACAGUGAUGAAGAGGACUGUGAGAAAACAGAGUCUCCACAGUGUGCUCAGGACCAGUUUUUGUGUAGCAAUGGACGGUGUAUUGGACAUAGAAAACUCUGUAAUGGAGUGAAUGACUGUGGGGAUGGAAGUGAUGAAGGCCCUCAACAGAAAUGUCGACUACGUUCUGCUGAGGAGAGCUGCAAUGUGAACAAUGGAGGUUGCUCUCAGAAGUGUCAGACUGUGCGAGGAGUAGUGCAGUGCACCUGUCAUACUGGCUAUCGCCUGCUUGAUGACAGCAAGUCCUGUCAGGAUGUGGAUGAAUGUGCAGAAGAAGGCUACUGCAGUCAAGGUUGCACGAAUACCGAAGGGGGCUUCCAGUGCUGGUGUGUUCAGGGUUAUGAACUGCGCCCAGACAGACGCAGCUGUAAAGCCUUGGGACCAGAGCCAGUUCUGCUGUUUGCCAAUCGCAUUGAUAUUCGGCAGGUCCUGCCACACCGUUCUGAGUACACACUGCUGCUAAAUAACCUGGAAAAUGCCAUCGCCCUUGACUUUCACCACAACAAAGAGCUUGUCUUCUGGUCAGAUGUCACACUUGACAGGAUUAUGAGGGCCAACCUGAAUGGAAGUAAUGUUGAAGAAGUGGUAUCGACAGGAUUAGAGAGCCCAGGUGGUCUAGCAGUAGACUGGAUCCAUGACAAGUUGUACUGGACUGACUCGGGAACCUCUCGAAUUGAAGUCUCAAACUUGGAUGGCAUCCACAGGAAGGUGCUGCUUUGGCGGAACUUGGAGAAACCUCGUGCCAUUGCACUUCAUCCAGUGGAAGGGACCAUUUACUGGACAGAUUGGGGAACUAUCCCAAGAAUAGAAUGCGCCAACAUGGAUGGUUCAAACAGGAGAAUUAUAGCAAAUACCAGUUUGUUCUGGCCAAAUGGACUAACAAUAGACUAUGCUGGUCACAAAAUGUACUGGGUUGAUGCCAAGCAUCAUGUGAUCGAGAGAGCUGACCUCGAUGGGCAGAACAGGAGAGCAGUCAUCAGUCAAGGUUUGCCUCACCCUUUUGCCAUCACAGUGUUUGAAGACAGUUUGUACUGGACUGACUGGCACACAAAGAGCAUAAACAGUGCAAACAAAUUCACGGGCAAGAACCAAGAGAUAAUCCGCAACAAACUGCAUUUCCCAAUGGAUAUUCAUACACUUCACCCACAGCGUCAGCCAGCAGCAGGGAGAAAUCGAUGUGGAAAGAAUAAUGGUGGCUGCAGCCACCUAUGUCUACCCAGCUUCAAGAACUACACCUGCAGCUGCCCCACAGGGUUCAAGAAGAUUGAUGAUUACACCUGUUCAGAAAGUCUUGACAAGUUCCUGCUUUUUGCCCGAAGGACGGACAUCCGCCGAAUCAGCUUUGAUACAGAUGACCGGUCAGAUGAUGUCAUCCCUCUUGCUGAUGUGCGUAGUGCUGUGGCCCUGGACUGGGACUCCAAGGAAGAGUCCAUCUACUGGACAGAUGUCACCACUGAUUCCAUUAACAGAGCCAGAUGGGAUGGAUCCAGACAAGAGAUUGUGGUGGAUUCUAGCCUUGAGAGUCCAGCAGGACUGGCUAUUGACUGGGUAACGCACAAGCUUUACUGGACAGAUGCAGGUACAGACAGAAUUGAGGUAUCCAAUGCAGAUGGCAGCAUGAGAACUGUGCUUAUCUGGGAGAAUCUUGAUCGCCCUCGCGACAUUGUUGUGGACCCAGUUGGAGGGUUUAUGUAUUGGACAGACUGGGGUGCUAAUCCGAAAAUUGAACGAGCUGGAAUGGAUGCAUCCAACCGCAUUGUGAUUGUUGCUUCCAACUUGACUUGGCCUAAUGGUCUGGCUAUUGACUACGAGACAGAGAGAUUAUACUGGGCAGAUGCUGGCAUGAAAACCAUUGAGCUUGCCAACUUGGAUGGAACUGACAGACAGAUCCUAAUUGGCAGUCAGUUGCCUCACCCUUUUGGGCUUACACUUCAUGAAGACAGAAUUUACUGGACAGACUGGCAGUCCAAAAGCAUUCAGAGUGCAGAUAAAAUCACAGGACUGGGUAGAACAACUCUUCGAGACAACCUUGAAAACCUCAUGGACAUCCACAUGUUCCACCGGCAGCGGGCUGCAGUGCCCACCGCUUGCAUAGAAAACAAUGGUGGAUGCAGUCAUCUCUGUCUUCUUGCCUCUCUACCCAAGGGCCACAGCUGUGCCUGUCCUACUGGUGUAAAUCUGCUUCCUAAUGGACAAACCUGUGCUCCAGGGAUGACGAGAUUCCUUAUCUUUGCCCGAAGAACAGAUAUCAGAGUAGUCUCCCUGGAAAUCCCAUACUUUGCCGAUGUUGUCAUCCCAGUAAAUGGUUCCAUGAAAAACACAAUUGCAGUGGGUGUAGACUCUGUAGAAGGAAAAGUGUACUGGUCUGAUAGCACUUUACGAAAGAUCAGCAGAGCCAAUCUGGAUGGUUCAGAACAACAAGACAUUGUCACAACAGGUUUGAUGACCACUGAUGGAUUGGCAGUGGAUGCAGUGGGUCACAAGAUUUACUGGACAGACACUGGGACUAAUCGGAUUGAGGUGGCCAACCUUGAUGGAUCUAUGAGAAAAGUGCUUAUCUGGCAGAACCUUGACAGUCCCAGAGCAAUUGCCCUAUACCAUGAGAUGGGGUACAUGUAUUGGACUGAUUGGGGUGAGCAUGCAAAGCUGGAGCGUGCAGGAAUGGACGGCUCAGACAGAGUUGUUCUUAUCAGUAACAACCUCGGGUGGCCAAACGGACUGGUUAUUGAUAAAGCAGGAGCUCAGCUGCUCUGGGCAGAUGCUCACACUGAGCGCAUUGAGGCUGUGGACCUAAAUGGUGCCAACCGGCAUACACUGAUUUCCCCUGUGCAGCAUCCAUACGGGCUAACCUUGUUAGAUUCUUUUAUAUACUGGACUGACUGGCAGACCCGCAGCAUUCAGAGAGCUGACAAGACCACAGGAAGCAAUAUGAUCACCAUCAGAGGGAACCUACCUGGUCUUAUGGAUAUUCAGGCUGUUGACCGAAACAAGCCUCUUGGUUUUAACAAAUGUGGAGUGAAGAAUGGUGGUUGCAGUCACCUUUGCCUGCCACGUCCUAGCGGAAUCACCUGCGCCUGUCCCACUGGAAUUCAGCUAAAGAGCGAUGGUCGUUCCUGUGCAGAUUCCCCUGAAACAUACCUUCUCUUCUCCAGUCGGGGUUCAAUUCAUAGGAUUUCACUGGACACAAAUGACUACACAGAUGUUGACAUCAGAGUGCCAGAGCUGAACAAUGUCAUUUCACUCGACUACGAUAGUGUAGAGGGCAAGGUCUACUAUACAGAUGUCUAUCUUGAUGUAAUCCGACGAGCAAACUUAAACGGAACUGGCAUGGAAACUGUGAUUGGCCAUGGACUGAAGACUACAGAUGGACUUGCAGUAGAUUGGGUUGCCAGGAACUUGUACUGGACAGACACAGGAAGAAACACCAUUGAAGUAGCCCGACUAGAUGGCACCUCCAGAAAGGUGCUUAUCAAUAAUAGUUUAGAUGAACCAAGAGCCAUUGCCGUGUUCCCAAAGAAAGGGUAUCUUUUCUGGACAGAUUGGGGUCACAUUGCUAAAAUAGAGAGAGCACAUCUUGAUGGUUCAGAUCGAAAGAUUCUUAUCAAUACUGACUUAGGAUGGCCUAAUGGUCUUACACUAGACUAUGAUGCCCGGCGAAUUUAUUGGGUAGAUGCUCACCUAGACAGAAUUGAAAGUGCUGAUCUGAAUGGGAAACUGCGUCAGGUUUUGGUCAGCCACGUGUCGCAUCCCUUUGCUCUCACGCAGCAUGAUCGGUGGAUUUACUGGACAGACUGGCAAACCAAAUCCAUUCAGCGAGUUGAAAAGUAUAAUGGACGGAACAAGGAAACUAUCCUUGCCAAUGUAGAGGGCCUGAUGGAUAUCAUUGUGAUUUCUCCCCAGCGGCAAACAGGUUCAAAUGGUUGUGGUGUAAAUAAUGGACGGUGUACACACCUCUGCUUUGCAAGAGCUAUGGACUACAUUUGUGCAUGCCCAGACGAAUCAGAUGGACGACCAUGUUCUACAAUUCCAGGCUUCCUUCCUCAAGCACCUGAAAGCACCAUUCCAGGCAAAAGAACUACAAUGUUACCGAAGAAGCCUCUACCUCCUACAGUCCCUCCCAAAGGAACAAGUGAUUCUGCUGAAACCAAUUGCUCAGUUCAUGAAGCAAACCAAGGAUUAUGUCCAUCUGAACUGAGUCCUGUUUUGACUGCCACAGAAGGGUUUCAUGUCAGCUACAUUAUUGGAGGUGUCCUUACGAUGCUGGCCUCCUUCAUCCUUAUAGCCGCUGUCAUCUUAUACAGGCAUAAGAAGUCCAAAUUUAUGGAUCCCAAUGUGAGUAACCUAACCUACAGCAAUCCCUCGUAUCGCACGUCUACGCAAGAAGUAAAGAUUGAGACCUUCCAGAAACCAACAAUAUAUAACCAACUGCGCUACAAGAAGGAGGCUAGUCCUGACAACAGUUACACAAAAGAAAAAAUCAAAAUAGUUGAAGGAAUCUGCCUUUUGUCCGGCGACAGUGACUACUGGGAUGAUUUGAAACAGAUCAAGACUUCACGGGGUGGGAUCCUGCGGGACCAUGUAUGCAUGAAGACAGACACAGUGUCCAUCCAGGCCAGCACAGACUCUUUAGAUGACACAGAAAUGGAACAGCUGCUGCAGGAAGAACAGUCAGAGUGCAGUAGUGUAAACACGACUGCAACACCAGAGAGAAGCACAUCCUUACCAGACACUGGAUGGCAACAAAGGAGUAAGCUCGCCACUGAAAGUGAUGUCUGAUAACAGAAGAGAAGGUGAAAAAAUUAUUAUGACAAGAGUGAACUUGACUGUUUUUAACUGCCUUGUGAGAUGUUUGUACAUUUCUUUUUUACUGACCUCAGAAAAAAGGACAACUGAUAGAAGCAGGACUCAAUGGAGCUUUGGAAUCUUCAAGCAUUUCUCAGACCAUAGACAGUGUAAUGCUGCAAAAACUGCAAUGGACUUGGCAAUUAGAAGACAUUUGGGUUCCCACCCCCAUAAAGGGCUGUUUGUUUUUACCACAGUAAACCUUUCUUAAGGGGCAGGAUCCUCUAACUUCAGACAGCUGAGAUCUGACAAGAGUAUGAAGUAUAAAAUUGUCAGAUCAUUUCAUCGUUUCUGGUAUUUGGAGGUUUACAAAAAUCCACGUGUCAUCAUCUAGAGGGAAAGAAAAGUUUGUGAUUCAUUAUGGAGUCUUCAAGACUGUUUAAAGAAAUAUCACGGAACCUCCCUUAUGCAGCUUGUGCUUCUGUGACCCUUCAAGCAGAUCUGUUGACUGCUUCAUCACCUCUUAUUGUUUAAUAGCUCCUUUGUCCAGAUAAUCCUCUUCCUUCCUCUUUGGAUAUGAUAAUAGCCUGUUUUUGAAAUGGCUACUGUUUGUACUGCUGGCUAAUUUUGUCUGUUUUGUGGCUUUCUUUUGACAUCUUUACUUUGUAAUAUCAUUAACUGUUUUACAUUAGAAAUUGUUGCUGUAGACUGGCAGGUCAGAUUGCACAGUAAGAUCCAUAAUAAAAAGUUGUUAAAAAAAAAAAAAAAAAGAUGCCA